AUGCUCACAGAUGCGGUGGAGCUGCAGGUGAAGGACAAGGAAGUGAAGGGUUGGUUGGAUGAACUCAAUCAUCUGGCUUAUGAUGCAGAAGACAUAUUGGACGAGUAUGCAACCCAUGUUGAAAUAUUGAAAUUGAAAAUGAAGCCAAAUCAGGUAUGCUCCUCCAUCCCCAGCUUUAAUGUAGUACGUUCAGUAAAAAUUGGGAUAGAGAAUGUUAACAAGAGACUAAUGGAACGUAAAAAUCAAAUAACUAUAUUUGGUUCAAAGGGGGUUAACACAGAAAGGAGGAAGAUGAUAGUAACUGAAAUUAUAGAGAGGCGACAAACAAGUUCCCUUGUGGAUAAAUCUCGUGUCUAUGGUCGGGAGACUGAUAAGAAUGAGAUAAUUAAGCAGUUGAUGAUGGGGGAUGCACCCAAUGGAAAAGAUUUUCAAGUGAUUUCCAUAGUUGGUAUAGGUGGGCUGGGUAAAACUACCCUUGCUCAACUUGUGUACAACGAUGAGGAGGUAGAGAGGCAUUAA